CCUACGGCUAUUGUUGGUACGCCAUUUCCUACUACCCACCUCGCUAAUAACCCAAACUUGCUGCCGCUUACCCGUAAUGCACAUUGAGAAAGGAUCAUUUUUGAAUCCCAAUCUCUCUGUCAAAGCGUUCGGUACGAAUCCUCGAGGCGGGAGGCGGUAACAAUUGUUUCUGUAGUCCGAAACGGUCAACUUCCGGGAGGCGACAAGUGCCAAAUAGAGAGACGGGGCUUCUCGUACCUCCUGUUGGUGACCAAGACUGGUCGACGGUACCUUUCGUGAGAGACCGAGUCUCGGGGGGAAACCUUUUACGUUCGACAUGAGGGUUACGCUUCUGGUAAUCACCAUUGGUAUCGUGGUUUGUGCGUUCGGUAGCGUUGUCUCUCCCGUGGCGGCCUUCACAAGCUUGUCGCAGGGCAGCACUCCGCGGCUGUCCCAAUCGCCGCAAAGCCAACCUUUCCCGCAGCGUCGUUGCGACACGACCUUCUUACGGACAACCCGCACGACAGCGGAAACACCGUCGACAUUACGUCCGUUGCCUACGACCUCCAGCCAUCCAGUAUUCGCCGUCGUCCAGGACUUUCAACUCAAAAAGCCUUGGAAAGACGGUACCACGCCCCUGCUCCAAACCCGUACCUGCAAUAUUGUUCUAGGCCAACUUACGGAUUCGCCGCGCCCGGACGCGGCCGGCGCUGCGGAACGCAUACUCCGGUACAUGCUGCAGAACGCGCACGCCCCCGGGGCGCCCGACGUGGUCAGUUUGAAUUCCGUCCUGGCGUGCUACAGCAAGCUGGGCAGCGAUAAGGAUGCCCGAGGCCGACAGCAACAACGUGAUGCUGCGGAGCACUCGGCGCUGGACAAGGCGUACGCCGACGAACACGUGCACGUGGACGCGGCCUUUCUUUCCAACAUUCUAUACUCCUUAGCUACCUGUGACGAAAAGGACAUGCCCGUGUUUGCUGAAGAGCUGGUGACCACCAUGACCACACAACACGGCGUCGACGACAGCGUACUGGCCGUCUACAACGCACUCAUUCACUGCUGGGCCAAGUCGGGAGAACGUGACGCCGUUCCGCGGGUACUCGCCAUUCUCCGGUAUCUAGAAGCGCAGACCACGGUCCAGCCCGAUAUCAAAACCUACACCAAUGUACUGGACUGUCUAGCUAAGUCUCGAGACCGGCAGAGUCAUGUGGAAGCGGAGGCGUUGCUGCAGCGUAUGGAAGAGUUGGGGCCGCCGCCAAAUGUACAAGCCUACACGUCUCUCAUACAGAAUUUCUCGCGUUCCCGACUACCGUACAAAGCCGUCAAGGCGUCGGAAAUUUUGCAGCGCAUGAAGGCUUCGGCCAAUCCGCUGGCGCGACCCAAUGUAGUGACAUACAACGCCGUACUGAAUGCCGCCGAGCACACGGAUACCUCCGACAAGGUGGCCACGGAAGAAGCGUUAAAAGUUGCGUGCUUGACUUUUGACGAAAUUCGAUCGUCCACGGUACGACCGAACCACGUGACAUACGGGACCUUCCUGGGCGUCCUUGCCAAUCUCAUGCCGAUCGAUUCCCGUCACGAAAUUGUCAGCCUCGUUUUCCGAAGGUCAGUCGGUUCGUUCUGA